AUGGCUUCACAACGAUGGAGACGAGUGACUACUUCUUUCAUUGAAAUUGUUGAUCAACAACUAAGCGGAAAGAAUGAUCAUUAUUCUCCACUUUCAUCAUUUGUAAUACUGUGUAAAAGAUCGGAAAAGGUUAAUUCAUUUCCUCAUCAUUGGGCUGCAUUUUCGGGAUCUAUCGAAAGAAAUUCUCAUUCAGUUGCAAAAUCAACAACACCAACCACAACCUCUUUGUCUUUAGCCAAUACGAAUGAUGUAUCAUCCGUACCAACCGAUAGUUAUAAAUUGAAAGUAGAUAGAACGGAUCAUCCACCGGAAUUUUCUGAAACCUUUAAAGAAAAUGCGUUUGAAUGUGCCAUCAGAGAGUUGGAAGAAGAAACACAGCUUAAAGUUGGAAAGCAUUUGCAGUUUAUUAGAAGCGGAAGAGUUCAAUGGAUACCAAGCAAUACCAAUUCCGAGAAAAAAGGAUUUAUUGUUUAUCCUUUUCUAUUUAGAUUUAACCUCUCAAAUGUGAAUGAAUAUAAGAAUAAUGAAAUAGAUUUUACUUCGCUCUCAAAAAGGGAAUUGGAAGAAUCAAACUUUAAAAUUGACUGGGAACAUGACACUUUUGAAAUUUUCAACGUUGAGAAGUUUUUACGUCAACGUGAUGAUUCACAUUCAGUUCAGCAAGAUUCUCCCUCUCUAACCAAUACUGUUCCUAAUUUGAGAGAAACGCUUCAUCGAGUGUUUUUCACCUCUCAAGAUUAUUCCCUUGAAGAAGAAAUUGACAAACAAAUUGUGAACAAUUUCUCCGAUGGAGCAAGCCAAAUAGCGUUGAAAUCCAUUGAAAUAUUGAAAAAGGGAGUACAAUUGUAUGGAGGUUUGACAUAUGAAGAUAUUCCUGCUUUCUUCAAGUUAAAUAUAAACAAAGGAUCUGAAAAAAACCAUGAAGCAGUUGUGGCACUUUAUAUUUAUGAAAAGCUCAGAGACUUGGUAUGGCAUUUGGAUAACUGCAGAAAAGAAAUGCCUUCUAUUGGAAAUUUAGCCAUCUACAUAUUUCACAAAGCGAUAUAUUUUGAAUACUCAAAGGACACUACCACACAGAAGAAUAAUCAACUUGAUACACUGAAGAAAAUAUUGAAAGGUCAGUCAAUUACAGAGUGGAUUUCAAACAUGGAAAUGAAAAUAGAACAACACCUCAAUCAAGUCAAAGAAAAUUCAAACAAGAUCUCUCAACGGUUUCUUGAAGCCAUUCAGCACACACUUGGACCACUGUCCAAAUUAACAAUCUUGACCCAUAGCUGGAGCAGUAACACAUUGUUCUCUCUUCAUAAGCUCAUGACACAUUACUGCAACAAAUCUGGAGAUGAGUUUGAGUUAACAAUAUUUGUCACAGAAUCCCGACCAGAAAAUGAAGGAUAUAACACCGCAAAACAACUUGUAAGAUAUGCUUCUGAUAUAUCUCGUAACGUAUCAAAUAAGAAGUGCAACAUUAAGGUUCAAGUUUGCACGGAGGCUUCUGUUGGCUAUCUGUGUCGAAAUCAUAUCAUUGAUGCCAUUUUAGUUGGAUCCGACUCUGUUCAAAUGCAGGAUGGCCAUCGAAUUAUCAUUUCCAACAAAACUGGAACUUGCAUGCUUCAUACCAUUGCUGAGGCCUUUAAAAUACCUUUCUUUGUAUUGACAGAUUCUCUCAAAUUUAAGUCAAAAGAAACACUGAAUGAUGAAGAGGAUAUGAUGACUAGGACUCUACAUGAAUGUGCACACAUGAACGUACAGUGUUCUGAACAAGAAGAAGCUGAUCUUCCCAAGAUCUUCAAGCAGCCGCUUUUUGAGACUGUUUUCAUCGAUUAUAGCCAACCAGAAAAGAGCAAGACACAGUUAAUUUUCGAAUGUGACAAAUCCUUACAGGACAUUCAAUCGGAAUUUGAUUCAUGGAGAGAAGAUGUUUAUGGGUUGUAG